ACUUGGACGUAAGAAAUUGACACACCUGACACAUGGAACAAACUGCGCUGCGCUGGAACAAACGCCUCAUGUUUUAUUAGUUUUUCAAUACAGCUUCCACCGAGUCACCCUUUUUCAUAAAAUGGGAAACAUUUUAAAGAAUUUUUGAAAAUAUUUUUUUAAUCGCGUCAAUGAGUCUUAUUUGAGGGGAGUCUGGAUGCGUGGGCACCUUUUGGCCACGAAAAGUAUGGAAGGCUUCAGUAGGGUCGCCUUUCGCAGGAAACAACGGAGUCUGGAUGUCGAAGAAGACGCAGUGUAUCCUGCAAUCUGCAUCCACCUGUGUUACCCAGCUGUUCCUCGUCUCGUUACCCCUUGUCUGCGUAUAUAAUGACCCAGUUUCUUGUCACUCCUGGUUGCGUCAUUGUCUAUGUCUAUGUCCGUCUUCACCAAAGUCAAGUCCGUUCCACGCCCUCGUGUACCAGUCCCUCUGCUUAAAGAGGAACGACAACGACGCUGUGUGUUUCCAUUCCAAGCGUGCUGAUGAAAAUGCCUGUGUGCCUGUGAAAAUCGAGCCCUCCAGAGCUUUGGGCAGCAGUACAUCAUGCAGGCUCAAUAGCACGUCCAGUGUGCAGGCGUGUCUGAGUCGAGCCAGCGGUGGAGGCAGUGAGAAGAGUUGGGCCAGCGUCAAUGGAAGAAGUUCUGGCAAAAGGCUGCUUUCACAAUCCAAACCGCCAGUGCCUCCUAAACCAACACACCUUCAGAGCCCGGUGACUGAGCUCUCAUCCCCGCUGGCUCACAAGCAGAAACCACAAUUUAGACCAGGGAUGGAGGAGGUAGGAGGUGGAGGAAGGGGGGCCACAAACCGGGAGAGAGUGAGAAUCAAACACUCAAAAGUGUCAGACCUCAUCAGCCGAUUUGAGGAGAACAGCAACUCGGACAACAAGAGAGAGAGCUCGCCGCACAAACAAAGCAACAAGUCUGCAAACUGCAGCCCGGCGCACCGGAUCUCCCGCAAGCUGACGGAGGCUGCUGAGAUUGAGAACCACUCAACAGUAGAAGCGAACUCUGUGGCAUCCAAAUCACAGGAUGCACGCGUACCUACAGCAAACGGGGUGCUGAGGCAGAUGGAGCGGGGAAAGGGGGACGAGAAGCAGCCGUGCAAUGGUGAAAACGGAAGAAUAGGCAACAUAGAGCUAGUCAACGGAGACAUGGGACGCACGGACAGGAGGGAUGAAGACUCAAGUUCACGCACGGACAGGACCGGUUCGGAAAGCUCGCACGAGAAUGAGGAGAGUGGGACAAACGCGGAACUGGAACGUGUGAAAGAAGAUGCCAGCACAGAGCAGAAGGAGACAAAUGAGCAGAAACUGUUUAAGAUUGCCAGCGAGCUCUUGCACACGGAGCAGGCCUACGUUGCUCGACUCAACUUGCUGGAUCAGGAAUUUUGUGCCAAACUCAUGGAGGAGGCCAAUAAAGGAACGUUUCCCGUGGAUGUGGUGAAAAACAUCUUUUCCAAUAUCUCCUCCAUUCACACUUUCCACAGUCAGUUUUUGCUUCCUGACUUGGAGACGCGCAUGGGAGAAUGGGAGUCCACACCUCGCAUCGGAGACAUCCUCCAGAAGCUUACGCCCUUUCUCAAAAUGUACGCCGAGUACGUGAAGAAUUUUGACAAGGCCAUGGAGCUGCUGAAACAAUGGAGCGACCGAUCGCCGCAAUUCAAGUCCAUUAUCCAAGAGAUCCAGAGUCAAGAGGCUUGUGGUUGCCUUACACUUCAACAUCACAUGUUGGAACCCGUACAGAGAGUCCCUCGAUACGAGAUGCUCCUCAAGGACUACCUAAAGAAACUUCCUCAGGACGACCCUGACAGACGAGAUGCAGAAAAAUCCUUAGAAAUCAUCGCCACGGCUGCAACUCACUCCAACAGCGCCAUUCGGAAAUCGGAAAAUUUGAAGAAAUUGAUGGAGAUUUAUGAGAUACUCGGUGAGGAGGAGGACAUCGUUAAUGCCUCUAACGAGUUCAUCAAAGAAGGUCACAUCUUGAAGUUGGCAGCCAGAAACACCUCAGCCAUGGAGCGAUAUCUCUUCCUGUUCAACAACAUGCUAUUGUACUGCGUACCUAAAUUCAGCUUGGGAGGUCCCAAGUACACGGUUAGGACACGGAUCGCUAUCGAAGGGAUGAAAGUUCUGGAAACGAGCAACGAGGACUAUCCUCAUACCUUCCAAGUUUCAGGAAAAGAGAGAACUUUAGAGCUACAAGCCAGCUCCGAGGAGGACAAGGCGGGCUGGAUCAAGGCAUUCCGAGAGACCAUUGAGGUCGUCCAGCAGAAGAACGAGUCCUUCAAGAAUGCAUCCAAGGAUGUGGGGGAGGUGUCGAAUGCUGAGCUGGGGAAGCGUGCUCCUCGCUGGAUACGAGACAACGAAGUGACAAUGUGCAUGAAAUGUAAAGAAUCUUUUAACGCCCUGACACGACGGAGACAUCACUGCAGAGCUUGUGGUUAUGUGGUGUGCUGGAAAUGCUCCGAUAACAAGGUCGCGCUGGAGUACGACGGCAACAAGGUGAACAAAGUGUGCCGGGACUGUUUCUCCAUCCUGACAGGAGAAACCAUCGCAGAGGGCAAGAAGAAAGGCAUCCUGGAGAUUGAGGCGGCUCAAUUCAGCGGCAGCAGCAUCAUGUGUGGCUUCCUGCAGUAUUGUGAGAAGAACAAACCCUGGCAGAAGGUGUGGUGUGUCAUCCCGGAGAAGGAAUGUCUCGUGCUCUACCUCUACGGAGCUCCUCAGGACGUGAAGGCCCAGAGCACCAUCCCUCUUCUGGGCUACUCAGUGGACGACAGCAGUCGGCCCGCCGAGCCCCAGGCCAGCUUUCGCCUGUCGCAGUCCAAAUCCGUCCACAACUUUGCCGCUGAGAGCGAGGAGCUGAAGCAGCGCUGGCUUAAAGUCAUCCGCGUGGCUGUGACGGGCGAGGUGCCCGAGCGGCCUCACGCCGACACCGGAACCGUGGCAGACGCCGCCGCGCAGGAUGCGGCCUCGGACAGCUCGUGAGGGCGCCGGGAGUUUGUCUUGGAGAUCACGCUUCAACGCUUCCUCUCUUUGCUGGGCCAAUACGGACAACGCGAGUGCUGGAUGAACUGCCUUUUCCUCCCCGGACUUUUUCUCUCGGACGCCUUCCAGGACCGCUGGAUUACUCCAAGAACACUAGGACUGUUCCCCUGAGCCUUGUCAACUCGUACUGCAACCUCUGCUCAGUCGACACAUACAGUAUAAAUGUCUCUUUCAAAAGAAAAUUGUUUUUUCAGCUCUGUACCUUUUUUGACGACGGAAAUAGACAUGACACGAUAGAAAUUUGUGUCAGUAUUCUCCGUUAUUUUAUUUGUAAUGAACUGUUAAUGUGAUGUCAUCCCUCACACUCGCAUUUGUAAAGCCAUGCAAUAGAGGGGUGCUAUGCAUUCCUCUCUUGUCAUACGCUCAGACCACACAUUUAAUUCACUCAAGUAACUCAUCGGUUGACAAUGACAGCGAUAGGCAUCUAAUCCAUUUUAACUGGAAGGGCUGGCAAUGGCAACCAUUGCAAUGGUGAUCUUAUCUUCAUGAACUUGGGGCUUUUUGAAGCUUUCCGCAGAAACUACUCUAAGUAGGAAACGUGAAAUGAAUCAAUACUCCUUGGGUAUAAAGUUGUCUUAUUUCAAUAAAAUGAACACCAUGUUUCAGAGCUGCAAAGAGACGUGGUCACGUGCAGGACUGAAAUUAGUAAAACACGACUAGUUCGCUUAGAGUGACUUCUCUAUCUCGAUGCAAAUGCACAAUUUGUUAUCAAGUUGGUGCAAGAAUUGUACAUGACACCCCCCUCCCUUUUUUAAAUUAAUGCUGUAAGUAAUUGUAUUAUUUAAAAGUAAUUUAUGGUUGAUGAGGAUGAGCAUGAGCUGUUGGAAAGUAGCACAAGUAUGUCUCCAGAAGAGAUUUUUUUUUUUUUAAAUCUACAUUGUCAGGUUUUCUGCAGUGAGACAACAUGCAGUGCUUUUAUGGACUGAUGCAGAUGGGCUGGAUGUGCCUCCAAGUUUUAUUUAAAUUUGAAAAAAAUACUAAAGAAAUCAGUAUCAAAAGCACAAAGCCUCCUUGUGUGCAGGUUGUGAAUGUAUAGCCAACAUUUGCCUGUAUGCGUGUCUGCCCGCCUCCAAACUUUUGACAAGUGUACAACUACAUUAAAUCCUAUUUAUGUGGCUCAGCUUGUUUUUGUGAUGACUUCUCUGAAAGGAGCCAUGCUAAAAACGAAAAUAGAAUGAAUUACAAUAUAAUGGUAAGCCUAACCUAGAGUUUGAAAGAUAAACUUUAUCACAUAAACCUUGAUACAAUAAAAAUCGGUGCUUUUAAAAAACAAAAAAGUGCUGCCAAAUAUUUAGGUAAUCUAGUACUGUCAAAAUUAAUAUACAGUGCCUUGCAAAAGUAUUCGGCCCCCUUGAAUCUUGCAACCUUUCGCCACAUUUCAG